AUGAAUGCAGAAGGUAUUCAGUGUUUUGAUGGUAAAACAGAAAAUAACUUCACCCUCCAUGCACAUCUCUUAAGUUUUUCUGGUGAUCUUCCAGCUCUUGCUAAGGUUAUGUACACAACUGGGCACAACUCAUAUAAAGCAUGCUGUUUUUGUUCCAUUCGUGGAGUAUAUUGUAAAGGCAAUCAACAUGUAUACUUUCCACUUAAGCCUCCAACCAGUAUGUUAGGAAACCAAUAUGAUCCCAAAAAUCUUCCAUUACGAAUGCAUAAAGACUAUAUAUGUGAUGCAACAGCUGUAGAAUGUAUGAAUGGGCCAUUACACAAGCAUUUUGGUCAUCCACCCAUUGAUAUUCAGCGACAUUUAGCAGCACUCAAAGCAGAAGACUGGUUAAAUUGGGUGGUAUUAUAUUCACUGCCACUUUUACAAGGCCAUCUUCCAGAAAGGUAG